AUGAUUUUGAUAUUUUCUGCGAUAUUGAUUUUUGUGAAAUUUUGCCAUGCUGGAAUUCCUGGAACUAGUGGAGAUUUGAAUGAACCUGUGAUUCAGAAACAAUUGAUGGAUGAUGCCAAAGUAUAUUUGUAUAAAUAUGGAUAUAUCACUGGAAUUAGCAAAACUUCAAAUGGAAAAGAAAAAGAGCCAACUGAUGCGCAAGUUCAAGAUGCAUUAAAGUUAGUGAAAAUUGAGGAUUUGAAUGAUGAUUAAUUUUUUAGACGUUUCCAAUCAGCAUUUUUGUAUUAUUCUUCUGGAAAGGUAGAUGUUCCAACUCAAGCAAAAAUGGAUGAAUGGAGAUGUGCUUUAAGUGAUAUGGCAAAUGGUCAACCUAUUCCAGGUAACAAUUUUGUUCAAAAAACAUUUUUGUCAGAAAAAAAUGAUUUUUGAGAAAAGUGGUUUUUAAUAAUCUAUAAUUUUCUGAUGAUCCAUGACCUUUUAUGAAUAAAAAAAACGAUUUAUGAUUUCGUUUUUUUAUUGGGUACAUUUUUUGAAACAAAAAUCAGUUUUUCGGGUUUCCUAAUAUUUCUGACAACAAUCGAAAACUACUGUAUUCUUGAACUUAUUUCUAUAAAUAAGUUUGGAUAUCAAAUUCCAACUAAAAUUUCAUCACCCUUUUCCAAACAACUCCAUUUUUCAGCCAUCAAACCAACAGAAAUCCUCAAGAAAAAAUUGCUUACCUGGAAACUCACCGAAGUCCCAACAAAAUUGAAAUCAUCAACAUCCACACUUAAAACUGUUAUCCAACAAGCAUUCAAUAAAUGGGGCGAUUUAGCUAAUCUCAAGUUCAAGGAAACUUCAGGAACUUCAGAUAUCACUGUUCUAUUUUCACAAGCCCCAAAAACAAGUUUCAAGAGUAAUUGUUUUUUUUUAGAUAAUCAACGAUUGUUUUUUGUAAAUUCAAUAUUGAAAAUUCCAGUCGCCGCGGCAAGUUCAACCGAUUCAAAAGGUAGUAUUAUAUUUCUCGAUGCUGAUCAAGAAUGGUCUUUAAAUUCACAAUCACCGGUAAUUUUGGGUCAUCGGGUUUGAUAGUCCAAUUUAUAUAAUUUUCUCACUCGACCCUUCAAAUUUCAUCCUCAAAAUAUUUUGUUUCAGUACGAUUUAUCUCUUCAUCACACAAUUCUUCAUGAAAUUGGUCACAUCCUCGGACUUUCUCAUAAUUUCUAUCGUGGAUCAAUAAUGCAUCCAAUCUUCAAACCAAUCGUCAUUUCAUCUUCAACAAUCGACGCGAUUCCGAUCGUUGAUCGUCUUGCAAUCCGAAAAUUACUUGGUAAGUAAGUGGUUUGGCCUUCUAUUUCUCCUUCUUGAUGUUCAUGACUCACUAAUUUUUUCUGACCGGUGAAUGACUAGAUUUGCUCUGAAAAUCUUCAUUCUUUUUUUACCUAAUCAAUCAUUUUUGUUGUUUCCGGCACAGGUGUCGUUUUGCUCUUUUUUCAAAAAAUUCCAUUUUUUUUCGUCAGUCAACUCAUGUUCGUCUUGAAAUUCCUUCUCUUAUUUUCAAUUAUUAGUUUGCAAAUAAUUCUAGUUUUUACUUUUGAAACAGACAACAAUACAAUUGAAGAAGACGAAUCAGGUUUGGUUUGCAAUGUUGAUUUUCGAGUUUUUCAGCAAAGUUUGCACAUUCUUCUGGGGUUUGCUAAUUGAAAUAUUUUGAAAAAGGUUACUUAUUUCGAAUAUCUGUUUUUCAGGUUUUGGAUCAGGAGAAGCUCCCCAACCAACUCUUGACACUUUCCAAUCAAAAUGCCCUAAAUUGUUGGAUUCAGUUUUUGCGAGUGAGUUGGAUGUGGAAAACAAUUAUUGAAAAUAACUCUGGGGAUUUUGGGGACAAUUAGUGCAUCUUUAAAUUCUUCGAAAACCCUUCUUUAUUUUCUGAUUAUAAAAUAAGCUCUAGGGCUUUCAAAUAAUUGUUUUUUGGAAUCACAUAGUUUUCAUGAAUAGAACUAUGAUUAGAAAAAACAACAGUUGAAAGAUCUAGCUGUAGCCAAAAUACUGUAGUUGGAAAAGUGGAGAUUAGAAAAGUACAGUACUUGAAAAUAAAAAAAAAGUUAUUUAAAACGUGGUUUAUGAUCCCAUAAUUCUGACAAGUUCAGAGAAAAACGGAAAUUAAAAAAAGUUCAGCCCUUUCUAGAAAAAAGGUAGUAAAGAGAAAUGCCUAAACUUUGAUCCAAACGACUGCAAAAGAAUUAUAAUUUUUCCUAGUCUGCUAUUUUUUCAUGUACAGAAUUUGUUUUUUGGUGAGACUUGAAUUCUUUUCUCAAUAAAAAUAAUUAGCGAUGUGAAUUGUCAAGGGUUCGAGAAAACAGUUUUUUGAAAUUGCAGUAUUUUUCUAGGCAUUUUCUAGGGUAGAAAUAAAAUAAGAUGAUUAGAAAAGUGAUGCUUUUUUGUGAAUCACAGUAUCCCAAUAAGUUAAGUACCGAAAUCUGAAAAAAGUACAAUUUUCCAGUCAAUGAUCAAGAAUGGUUCCUGUUCCGUGAAAACAAAGUCUAUCGUCUCAAUAAUCGAAGAUUUGCUGAUGAAGGAAACCUGAUCAGCUCGGUUUUCCCACGUGGACCACAGUUUGUGAAUGCAACAGUCACUUCAGGAAAUCUAAUUUUGCUCUUUGUUGACCGAACAAUUUAUGGUUAUGAAUAUGAUGGUGUUCAAUUCCAGUUAGUUUAAAAAUUGGUUUUUCUACUUCUUUGAAAAAAAAAUAAUAUUUCACUUUUCAGAGAAGCUCGAGGUUAUCCAAAGGAAUUACACGAUCGAGUGCUCUUCUACCCACAAGGCGCGUUCCCAAUGAAUAAUGGAAGUGUUGUUCUUCUCUCAGUCAGUUUCCACUCAUAAUCAGAAAAAUCAGCGAAAUCAAUUCAAAAUAAUUUCAGGGAAAUGUUUUUGCCACCUACAAUGUUGCUCAAAAUGCUCCAUCUUUUUUGAAUGAUAAAAACCGUUAUUUCCCUAACCUUCCUGAAGAUUUCCGCGCAGGAAUUGAGAAAACUCAAGAAUUCACUGAUGCAUAUUUUAUGUUUGAUGAGGCAACAGUCACUGAUUAUGAUAUGAAUGCAAAACAGGUUUUGCAAAUCACAAAUAUUCCGGGAUUCUUAAAAUGUUUAUAG